CUUUUAAUAAAAGGUAAAAAGUAAUUUUGCAUGAAGGGAUAAUCAAAAGGUAAAUCUUUAAUGCCCGAAAAUCUCUGGAUAAGUCAUAUACAUUACAAGAGAAAAGCAGAAGAGUAGGACUAAAUAAUCCUCAUUAUAAGAUAGUCAUCCUCCUUAACUGUAACUGAAUCAUUGUACACAUCUUAUAAUCAUACCUCAGUUUUCAUCAAUCAAGUUCUAUUCAAACCCGAUUGCAGAAUUUUCUUUUACGUUUCUGUAAUUAUUUUUUUGGAUUUCCAUAAUCUGACAAUAAAUUGCUAGAUUAUGGCAACUCGUGACAGAAUUCAGGAGGAAGAACCAUCGAAAAUGGAAGAAGGUGGCCUCAUUAUCAAGUGUGACACCGAUUUCCUUUCAUCUAAAGCCUUCGUCAACCUAUUGCAAAAGGUUGUUGCAGAAUUGGUUGGGACUUAUUUUGUGAUAUUUGCUGGAUGUGGUUCAGUAGCGGUGAAUAAGAUUUAUGGAAACGUUACAUUUCCAGGCAUUUGUGUGACAUGGGGACUCAUAGUUAUGGUCAUGAUUUAUACCGUCGGCCACGUCUCUGGCGCACAUUUUAAUCCGGCCGUCACAAUUGCAUUUUCAAUAUACGGACGUUUCUCUUGGAAAGAGGUGCCUUGGUAUAUUGCUGCCCAAUUAUUAGGGUCGACUUUGGCUAGUGGAACAUUGUCGCUUAUGUUUGAUGUUGCUCCCGAAGAUUAUUUUGGUACUUUACCGGUUGGAUCAGAUAGACAAUCUCUCGUUAUUGAAAUCGUCAUUUCCUGCCUGUUGAUGUUUGUUGUUUCCGCUGUUGGCACUGAUAGCAGAGCGAAUGCAAAUCUUGGUGGACUAGUUAUUGGAAUGACCAUCACAUUGAACGUGUUCGUAGCAGGGUAAUGAUUUUUUUUUUUACCCCCCUAAUUUGUUUCGAUAUAUUUACAUAUUCAGUGAGUUUAUUUUCAAGAAGAUUAAUGGUGAGAUUUGGAAACGCUGCAGGCCGAUUUCUGGGGCCUCAAUGAACCCAGCAAGGAGUUUUGGUCCAGCCAUUGUGAAGCACGUCUUCAAAGGGCUGUGGAUUUACAUUAUUGGGCCGAUCGUUGGAACUGUACUUGGAGCAACUGUAUAUAACUUGAUUAGGUCCACUGACAAAUCUUUCCCGGAGUUGUUUCAGAAGGAUACAUUUCUCCACUGCGUCUCCAAAAAGUAAUUUUAGCCCAUUUUUUUUUUUCAUUGACUUUCUUUUCUUUUCUUUUCUACUACAACAGUGAUUAGGGGACUAGGAAUCUAGUCAGUUAGUAUUAGUGAAAAGGUAGUUUUCAGGCAUCUUUUUUCACGUUGUUGAGUGUGUUGGCUGGACCGUUUGUGUGCGGA